AUUGAAUGCCGACACAGUAGUGGUGUCCGGGAGAGGAGACGACGAGCCCCAGCACGACGCUCCCCCGGCGCAGGACCACAUCAGCCUCCAGAGUCCGGAGCCGCACCAACAGGAGGAGGACCCAAGCGUGGCGCAGGAGAUCGCGUCCAGCGGGCACUCGUUCGAGACCCAGAGCCCGCACCAUGAUAAGUGCGAGCCGGACGUGUGCGACGGCGGGGGCGGCGGCCGGACGCCAGACUUCAACGCACAGGUGGAGCCCAUGGAGGUGGAGGAGCUGCCGGACAUGAUACAGGACCUGCAACCGCCGGACGGGGGGCACGAGCAGAGCGCGGAGGAGCGGCGGGCGCGCGCCUACAUUUUCUCGAGCGUCGAAUCAAACGCGGAGCCCAAGGAGGACCUGGCGACGGCGGCGCGCGGCUCAGCGGCCUCCGACCCGCCCGACAGAAUCGACGACGCCAGCAGGGUGUCGAGCGCGAAGGGCGAGGUGGCCCCGAGCGCGGCCGUGCCGGUGCCGCCCAACUCGCUGCCUGGUGCCAUGGAGGGCGGCGCCUCGCCAAGUAACUCGCUCACCGUGUCGGGCACGGAGGGCCACCUGCACGUCCACCUCGACAACAAUCCGGCCUUCAACACCUUCAACUACUGGCGCACGCCCAUCAUGCCCAUCGAGCUGCCCAUCCCGCAGAUCGAGGUGGACAUCGACAUCAUGGGCCAGACGACCAACGUGUGCGUCAAGGCCAAGGUGCAGGAGAACGACGGCACGUACCAAUCGCAGGUCAACCUGACCAUGGCCACUAACACGGGCGCGCCCAACAUCACGCUGGCGCCCACGCCACAGGACAAGCAGGCGGGCGACAGGCCGCCCGGCACCACGAUAGAGGCUGAGUUAGACGCCCUUGCAGCUUCCCUAGAAGGCGUGACAACCACAGAAAGUAGUACAGAUGAUAAUGCCUUACAAGACUCAAAAUCCAGUAAUAAAGAUAGUCAGAGCUCAACCGUGGUGAGUGUCUCGGGGCCGCAGCAGGCGACGUACGCCCAGGUGUGCGCGGCGUCCGUGACGUCGGUGCAGCACAAGAGUGAGCCACAACCGUCUAUCCUCGCGUCGCGCCUCGCGCAGGCCCGCGUCAGCAUGUCCGGCGGCGCCGUGACGGAGAUCAAGAAGCGGGAGAUGGACGUGGUCUCGCCGAGCGACUGCGGCAGCACCAGCGCCUCCAGCACCGGGCCCAGCCUCCCGCCGCAGCCGCCCGUCUUGAGCCAGAGAUUGGUCGACCAAUUCACAGUGAUGCUGCCGGGAAGCAGCGGGGACCAGGUCUCGGGCAUGGCAGAGCACUCGUCGGGCGCCGCGGAAUUCACCAACCUGAACCAGGACAUCGUGCCCAAGACCUUAUUGGAACACUACAUCAGCAUGACAGACCCGAUGAGAGCAGAGACCGUCGAUAACGAGCUAACCCGGCACUGUGCCUACUCCUUGCCGGCAGUGGCCUUAACGCUCGGCAGACAGAACUGGCCCGUCUUGAAGGACACCUAUGAAACGUUAGCUGGUGAUAUGCAUUGGAAGGUGCGGCGAACACUAGCAUUCAGUAUACACGAACUAGCUGUGAUAUUAGGGGAGGAGAUCGCCCAGAACGACUUGGUUCCGGUGUUCAACGGGUUCAUCAAGGACUUGGACGAGGUUCGCAUUGGAGUCCUGAAGCACCUUGCUCACUUCCUGCGAUUGCUAAGACCGCAGAACCGCCGCGACUACCUGCCCCGCAUGGACGAAUUCCUGCGAACCGACAAUGAGAACAACUGGCGAUUCAGACUGGAAUUAGCGACCCAGUUAGCCGACAUCAUCGACCUGUUCUCCCCGCAAGACUGCCAGACGUUCCUGGUGCCGAUCACACUCGCGCUGAUGGCGGACAAAGUGGUGCACAUCAGACGCACUUGUUACACUGUGGUAUGCCAACUGGUGCGACAACUAGGCUGCGAGGGCGACCAAAAGUACGUGGAGGCGAUUAGCGAACAGCUGAAGGUCCGAUUUGCAUAUGCUUCCACGUGGUCGCAGCGGCAGUCGUAUGCCUUCCUGUGCGGGAGACUCGUGGCCGAGCAGGCGCUGCCACUGCCCGACUGGUGCCGACUCUUCCUCCCGAACCUGAUCCUCCUGGCGAGCGACAGAGUUCCCAACGUCCGCAUCGCCGUGGCCAAGAUGCUGGCGACCCACAUUGCUUGUUUAGAGUACUGCCAGAACCCCGAGAACGAGGCGACACACAAGAUCCAGAAGACACUCGAGCAGCUACGCAAUGACAAAGACAGACGUGGGCUUCGCCAGCUAUCCCGUCAACACCGAAAUCUACGUUGACGCUCAAGACCCUACGUUAUAAUGGAGGUUACACUAGACCUCCGCCUUACUACUCUUCCUCUGUCUUCUCUCUCUCUUUCUCUCUCUCUGCCAUCAUGGGUGUGCACGAUGCACCAGCACACCAAAAAAAUCUUGAUUUGUGAAGCAUAAGGCAACUAGGUUCAUUGCCAUUUCUCAUUCUAGCUCUCUUUCGGGUGAAAAUGAGGGUUUCUCUUAUUCCAGCGUUUCAAACCAGUUUACAGCAGGAAUUGAGCCUGAAAAGAUAUACCUGAUUUUUAGGUUCAAUAUGAAGGGUAAUUUCACAUUGAAAAUGAAAUCCCCCUUAGACUUAUACUCAUUUAUUGUGCUUUAAAAAAGAUAUUGACAUAUAUAUCAUCUAACUCCACCUCCAUGUUGGUACAGAAUACGUGUCCAAUGUUUGGUGAGAUGAGAGGUGCAUUAUAGGCUGUGCAUCUUACAGGUGACUCCCCUUGUUAUAAUAAUCACAUGUACGCUGUUAUUAUAUUGAUGCUCACUGUUCUUUGGAUGGGCAGCCCAAACAUUUUAUGUGCUUUGAAAAGUACAUAUUUAUGUACUCUUUGAUUGAUAAGACAAAUUUUACUAUAGCCGAUAUCAUGAUACAUGAUUAUUCAUUUGGCUUAUGUUGUAAAUUGGGAUGUGUAUAACAACUUGUGGGUUGUAGCUUGUUCCUUUUUACAGAAGUUUUUGAUUUUUAUAUAUAUAUAUAGCAUUUUGGUCCUUGUAGGUCCCAUGAAAUGAUUACACUAUAAAAAGCUUUUAAUCGUCUAAAACUUCCUUUACUGUGUCAUUGAGGAACUGUUUUUGUUUGACUCUAGAGGGCCAGCCAGCAUUGGGGAAAAGUGCUCACUGAACAAAGCUCAGCCUGUGUUAUCACAGUCCUAUGAGGGAAAAAGUCAUUGGUGUUCGGGCAGUAACCUCCCACUCCUUUAUGAAAGAUUAUUUUUUUAUUUUCUAAAGAAAACUCUCUUACUUUCUGUGUGUGUUAGCCUGCAUUGUGAUCUUAUAAAUAAAAAAGCUGGGCAGUUGCUGAUUUUUUUGGGGUGAAAUUUGUAACCAGAUAAUUGGUUCACUUCAAUGAACGUAAGGUUGAGGUGAAUAGUCAUUGACUGAUUCUUUUUUAUCAGAUUAUUUUUGUCUGUCAUUAGAUAAAUUUGAUCAGUCAAACUUCGUCUGAAUUUUAUAAUAUUGUACAGGAUCUGUAUGAGUGUCAUUUAUUUUAUUUUUCAUUUCCUUAGCACACAUUCAGUUGUCUGUUCAAAGAUACUUAAAAAGUCUCAUGAUGCAUGAAAAAGUCACCAUGAAAUUUAGUUCCAAGUUAAUGCCGUAAAGCAUAUGCUGAUACAUUAAGAGUUUGAUUUCCAAGCAAGUGCUUACAUCCUCCCCCCUUGAUUAAUGCUUGGAGCAUUUUAUCAUAUCCCUCGAGUUGUCUUUCAGUGCGGCCUAAAGAAAAGAAGAAAACCUACCUAAAAUGCUUAGCUACACGAUCCAUUCCAAAGCAUUCAUACCGGUGUGCGUGCGUGUGUGUGUCUCUGCAUUUCUACUCGUGCAUCCUCAAGCGAACGGCACUCCAGGCCAGCGUCUCUGGACUGCAAGGCGCCCUCUCGCUCCUUCAGUGGCCGGGCGCCUAUCGCUCGGGCCAAAGCAAGAUGAGGUAUCUCUUCCCCGGACAAACACUCAGGGUUAUUUGCAGAUGAAACUAGAAUGUUUUUAGUAUACUGAUUCUUGAUCUUGGAUGUAUGCUGAUUGUGAUAAAAUGCAUUGUAUUAUACAUAUAUAUAUAUUUUUAGUUGAUUAGAAGAGGGCAUUGGGGCUGAACUUUUAAAGAAUCCAGCAGAAAAAAUGCUAGCGAACAGCGAACGUAUGGAAUCUGAUUCAUCUCACAACUUGAAUAACUGAACGUUUCUCUCACCUGCAAACUUUCCGCUAGGCGACACUGGCCAUCUGGUUUCUCUUCUUAUAACCCAUAUUGCAGCAUAUGCUUUACACCUCAACGACCUGACAUACAACUGAACUCUCACAACAAUCGGCUGACUCUAUGCCAAGAGGUAGCGAGCGAGCGAACGAGCACGUGUGAUAGUUUUCAUCUUCAAACGCCCCUUUGCAUUCACUUAUUAUUAUGAUUAUUUUUAUUAUUAUCAUCAUUAAUUAUUAAUUAUUAAUUGUUCUUAGUAAUCAAUUAUAGUCUUAUUUUUGGCACUUAUCAUCCUUUCCCCUUUUAGGUCAAAUUUUUCCUCUGGCCUAAUUUUGUUCAUUAUUUAAGAAAGCCAUAUAUUUUUGUGUAUAUAUCAUCCUUGAUACAAAUUGAUUGUGCCAUUUUGUCAAUUAUGUGAUUCCAUUGAACAACUCAAAUGUAGGGUUUUGAAUCAAGAUUUAAGCCUUCUUUUUAUUUCUUUUUAACCUCACUGUAUAUUGUCAUAUUGUACAGGUAUGAAAUAAAAUUAUGAAAUGUA